AUGCGGAUGAAUAUCAGACUGAAAAUCAUGGAUCAAACAGAUCAUCCGUUUGAAGUAGACGAUCAGACUCUACUUUCGGAUUUUCGUCUUCAAGUUGCUGAGCGUCUUCAUAUUCCUCCUGACCGUCAGCGUAUGAUUUUCGCGGGUCACGUUUUGAAGAAUGAAAAUAGCACCUUGUCCGCAUGCGGUCUACGGGAUGGUCAUGUCGUGCACUUAGUGGAGCGGCCGGCUGACAUGAACCCUCACAUCGCUUCUCCCGCUCUAGAACGUGUGUCGCUUAUUUUAUCAUUGCUUGACCAAAUUGCUCAUUUUCACAACAUCGUUGAGGCUGAAGAUGGAUUAGUGGAUAGAAUAGACGAAUUUCUCGAAGGAACACAUGUUUACGAUCAAGAAAACACAUCUGUGAUGAACGAGCAAGUUCGUGCCGUGGCUCUCUCAUUAGAGAGCGAAUCGAUGUGUCGAUCACGCCUUAUAGAUUUAUAUGGAAGUGAAGAAGUAGGCGAAGACGAGUCAGAUGAGCAUGCAGCUCGUUACCAAACUUUUGCAGAGACUGAUGUGAGCCCCGGCUUUGUGAUGAGACAUGCCAUUACCGAUGACUUAGUGGGCAUAUUAAGACGGUUGAGAAAUGAAGAAGAAGCUCUUCAUCCUCAUUUGAUACGCUUUGAGCGGAUAUUGAACUCGCGUAUUCUUUACAACAUAGACGAUGCUGAGCACACAGAUACCGACUAUCGUGCCAACUUUUUUACCGUAUAUCUGGAGCAUAUACAAAGAGUACUCCAUCGAUUUUCCCACGCAUGGCACCUUGCCAGUGAUCUUAGUGUUUAUUUGCAUACACCUAUACCUAGACGUCUUCUUCCUAGUUACCAGCAGUUUCGGCUUGCCCCUCCAACUGAGGGUGAAAUAGUGCUAGAAUUUCAUCCUACACAAGAAGCUGCCAGUAGCGAAGUUACUUCCAAUGAACCUUCAUGGAGGUUCCUGAACUUUCCACCACCUGGUGUUGACGUUCAAGAGCUGUCAAAUGACGAGAUUCGGAUAAUUGGGAUGAAUCCAACGAUUCGGCGGAUGCAUCAAAUGGGUAUUGCUGUUCCUAUCCCUGUAUCGACCGUUGGACAGACCGCUCUGGAAUCGUCCAACCCUUACGAACGUAUUAUGAGGAGGUUGCUGCAAACCUCACACGAUGAAAGCGUAGACAUCUCCAAUGUAUUUCGCAGUGCUUCUGUUCAGCAGGCCUUAUCUCGUACCGGCACUCGCACGGAAACUGGGACCGAUGAAGGCUCUUCCGCGCAACACGUAUCAACUAGACCUCCACGUGCACCAGUUCCGUCUCUGGGUUCGCUCGCGCGAGGGGUUAUUACUCAGUCUGGUGGCGAAAUGCCAUUCAUGUCGGAAGUCAUCUCAAAUAUCAUGAGAAAUAACGGCCUCGGUACUUCGCUGCCUCCGCAAGUUGACGUUAUUGUUGAAUACGGGGACGCAAACUCACACUCUGGUUUGAAUCAAGGGCAACCUCAACUGCUCAAUAUGGCUAUGGGAGGAAUAGCUGAUGCUAAUGGGAGGCAACCCGCUGCUGUUGGAUAUCACGUCGAAGUUCAUCAAUUCGACAUAUUCAGUCAUACGCCUGAGCAAGAAGAUACUCCGCAAAACUCGAGUCAAAAUGAUGCGACAUCAAGCGCACCUACAUCUUCUUCAACAAAUGUCGCACCAGUAACAGUGUCAACGCCUUCGACUGUUACUAAUGAUUUCAAUCACAGCAGACCGCGACAGCAAGGCCCGCCAGGAUUUCCAUUCCUUAUGGGCGGAAUGAAUUUCCCACCAGAGAUGCAUUUCACAACACCGCGGCAAGAUAUUGUUAAUGUGGAUCCAUUUUUAUCGUGCGCGAGUCGAUUCACAGAUGUGCAACGAGUUUUACGAAGCAGUCACCCCAAUGUUUCUUCCCAACUAUCUCCUUACCGUCGACUGAUGGGAGAUUCAUUAUCAUCAAGUUCACUUACUGACCGCCGCGUAACACCUGUAGAUGCUUACGAGCGAGUUACGCUUGCCCUUAAUUCUUCGGGUCACGUAUUAAUGGCAAAUGAAAGCGAUUUUGAGAACUUCGUGCAACUAGCUAUUCGCUCCGCUCUGAGUCAAAUGGUUCAUACAGAUCAAGAUCGCAACUCUCGUGCGUCGAAUGGCCAGCAGUACGAUUUCAUUCCACGCGACGAACAAGGCCGUAAUAUUCUUGAAGAGAUGGCAAGUUCUAUGACCAUUGGCCUAGACACCAGAGUGACAACAAUUUUGGAGACUUAUCGUGCUCCUGCUUCAAUGUUGCGGCCGGGAAACGGCGCUGGUGUUUUGGCUCAUCUUGAAGCUCUUUUGCUCAAUUUUGCCACACUAGGUGAUUUGGCUAACAUGAUUAACGUGAAUAUGGCUCCCCUGGAGUCCCAUCGUGCACAUUUUCGAGCGCACGUUAUAGAGAAUCAGUUGAAUGGCAAUUCAACACCUUCCGCAGAAGACUUGUUGUCGGCGUCAGUUCGUCUUGCAGCUCUCAUAUCGUCGAUUUCUUCUGUAAUAUGUGCUGCUGGAGGAGAAUUAGAGCGCGAAUGGAAUGGGCGAAGAAUGAAUAUUUCUGCAACGAUUCACAACGUUGAAGUCGCUACAAUACAACUGUUGCUUCGAGCUCUACUGGAUAGAAACAUCUCAGACGCCGAGUUCAGCCAUCGUAUUCAAAACACCUUGCGAGAUUAUGUUCGCCAUCUUGUCGCUCUCGGAAAUCAUUCCUUCGUUAGCGCAGAUCAGACAGCAUACGUUAGAAUCGUGUACGAAAUACUGGUGAGUGUGAAUCACUGUGAUGCCUUCAACUAA